UAGUCCACGCCACUACCUUAGACCUGGGCCCGCAUAAGGCUGAGUGUGUGGCGGGAUAAAUCGCUUCCGUGUAGAUUUCCUGUAAAUCGUUUACACAAUAAAUAGCCUACUACGGUAAUUAUCUGUAUCUGAAUGUUAUUAUAAUAGCCGAAUUAUAUUUCGAAUCUUAUUUACAGUAAACUUACAAAGGUUUUGUUCAAAGAAAGGUCGUCUUUUCUCUUCAGUACGAUAAGGAUCGUUCCAAUUUAGAAUGUCCCACUACCCGAUCCGUAGGUUUGUUUCCGGAAGUCUUAUGUUUUGGUGUUGGCUCUGUAACUAGCUAGCAAGCCAACUAUCAUCUCUCAUUAACGCUGGUAUUUAUAUAUGUUUUUAUAUUUAUUAGAAUAGCCUCAUAUACAGUAACUGCUACAUCUUAUAUCACGAAAUGCUACAAAAAAAUAUAUUACUAGGGCAGUCACUGAGUCAGACAACAACUUCCAAUAGUAGCUAGCUUUGCUAGCCUGCUAACACAGACACAAGGUUUAGUUGGCAGUAUCUUUGCUGCUAACGUUAGCUUACUAUCAUUUUACUAGACUCGAUCGCAGGACUGAUUCGCCUGUACAAAAGUAGCUACACGUUACGAACGCUUAACUGUAGCUAGUUACACAUAGACAGUUUGCCAUGAUGUCCGAAGCCACCGUAACCUUCCAGUCUCAGCUCUCCGGAGUCAUGGAGACGGUAUUCAAGACUGCCAUGUACGAGAUCACAAGGCUGGUGGAGGAUAGCUUCCUGAAGGAGGUGUCCCGGAGCCGGGAGCAGGUUGAGUCGCUGAAGAAGCGGCUGCAGUGGUCAGAGAACAGACGCAGGGAGAGGGACAGAGACGGAGGCCGGACAGCGAAGUGUGCGGACUGUGGAAGAGCUGCCGAGGAGAGAAACUCUGGAACCUCACAGACAGAUGCGGAGAGGGGGUGUGGCCUGAAGCAGGAGAAGGUACCAGGGGAGGAGUGGAGCAGCUGUGGGAGCGUGGCCGGGGAAACAGCCUUCCAUGAUGUGAAGGAGGCAGAGUCCACCAGUCCUAGGAGAACCUCUGAGUCCACAGAGGUCGGAGAUCAGAAGCUGGAUAGCCUGCUGAAAGAGGAGGCUCUCCACAACACUGAGCUACGGGAGAGAUGGGGUGUCUGCCUGGACGGGGCCGACGGUUCGGACGUCUCGGGGCCCAGGAAGAGUUUCAGUGAGCAAAAGCUGCAGCAGUGCCAGGAUGACUGGGGGUCUGUUCUAGACCAGGGGCCUAAACCUCCGGGCCCCGAGGGAGACCCAGGGGGACCCCACCAACCCUCUCUACCGCCCUUGUUACAGCAUGAAGGAACUGAGGCGGCUUUGAGAAGUCUGGUUGCGACGGUGGUGGUGGUGGCGGCCAUCUUCUAG